GAAUUUGUAAUCCUACUGCCUUAGCCUCCGAAGCCACUGGGAUAAAUAGCAUGAGCCAUUGCACCUGGUGAUUUCUGUGGAUUCUUGAUUCUGGGACCCUCCUCUGUCUUCCUCUCCAGGGAAACUUCUGGAAUCCCAUACUUGGUUUAGAAUGUGUGUGAAACACCUAUUCAGUUCCUGUACAUAGUGGGAGCUCAAUAAACAUAAGCUCCUUCUCUUUGGCCACUCAAAGUGGUCACUUGGCCCAAAUGGGGCUUUCCCAAACUAAAAACUGCUAAGAAUCUGGUCCCUGUCUUCUCCUUCCUUCUCUGAGUAAGGACAAACACCGGAAUGUCAUAACAUCCUCUGUGUCCUCAUCUGUGUUAUUCUGGGACACAGGCUGGGAAGGGUACCUGGGUAGCCCCCUCCCCCCACUGAGACUGAAGUUUCUUGUAAUGUGGGCUGGCCUGUGUCAGCCCGGUGGAUGGAUGCAGAAGGGUGAGGCACCCAUCCUGCUAGUCAGGCAGGAUGCUGGCAAGAGGGCAGCCGGCCAAAGGGGGUGGAGCUUCCAGAACAAAGGAGAAUGGGGAGCCCUGGGGGCCCAGGAUAGGCAUCAAAAAGGCUCUGCAGAGUGAGCAGGCCACAUAGUGCUUGCCUCUGCAUCCAGCAGCCAGCCGACAACCCUUACCUGCUCCUUCUCUUGCCCAGGCUGGGCAAGUAAACAACACUCUGCUUAGAGAAGCCCAGCUCUCCAGCGUGAUUGCGCCCACACUGCUCUGUGGCUUUCUCUACUUGGUGUGGGUUGCUGCUGAAGUUCCAAAGGCCAGCAGAGGGAUGGCUGCCAGCGGAGCCAGGAGACGGGAAGGCCCCCGGGAGCAUGCCUUCAUCCCAGAGCCUUUUGAUGGGGCCAGUGUAGCCCCCAGCCUCUGGCUGAACCGCUUCGAGGUCAUCAACGACCUCAACCAUUGGGACCACACCACCAAGCUCAGGUUCCUGAAAGAGUCGCUCAGGGGAGACGCCUUGGAGGUCUACAACGGACUCAGUCUCCAGGACCAGGGAGACUACGGGAUGGUGAGGGAGACCCUUCUGAAGGCCUUCGGGGGCCCCGGUGCCACUCUCAGCCACCAGCCCAAAGAGAUCCUGUUUGCCUACAGCAUGGGCAAGGGCUACUACCUCAAGGGGAUGAUUGGCCCAGUGUCGGUGAGGUUCCUGGUGGACUCGGGGGCCCAGGUCUCUGUGGUCCACCCGAAGUUGUGGGAGGAGGUCACCGACGGCGAUCUGGAUACCCUGCGGCCCUUCGAGAACGUGGUAAAAGUGGCCAACGGGGCCGAAAUGAAGAUCCUGGGUGUGUGGGACACAGUGAUUCGCCUGGGCAAGCUGAAGCUGAAGGCUCAGUUCCUGGUGGCCAACGCGAGCGCCGAGGAAGCCAUCAUCGGCACCGACGUGCUGCAGGACCACAACGCCGUGCUGGACUUCGAGCACCGCACCUGCACGCUCAAGGGAAAGAAGUUCCGCCUCCUGCCGGUCGGCGGGAACCUGGAGGAUGAGUUCGACCUGGAGCUCAUCGAGGAGGAGGAGGAGCCCUCCGUGGAGGGGAGGCGGCAGCAGCACUCCCAUUAAGAAGCCCCCUUUUCCUUGCCCCCCCAAGAUAGGUAGGGAGACCCACCAUUGUGCGGGGGGCACAUGUCCUCUGGGGGAAUCUAACGCUGGCUCUCCACUCCCCUCCCUCUGCAGGGGCCUUUCUCUGCCCCUGGUGGGGGAGGCUUCAUGGAAACAGCAGGGGGAAGGAGAGCAGGGCGGCAUGCUCAGAGAGAGGGUCCCCACGGUCCUCAAGCUAUUGUUGGUGGCAAAGACUGGAAGGCUAGAAGCAGCUUCCCAGGAGGUGGAAAUGUCUGUCUUGGAGAGAGGACUGGGGGAACCCCUUCACAUCCCUAAGAGGUGGUUCUGUCACCUCCGAGUUCUUGAAGCCUGCUCAGCUGGGGCUGGGUCCUUGUCUGCAGGACCCUUAGGAGCCAGGUCCAGCUCUCAGGCUGGGGUUGACAGUUGCCCUGAGAGCCUCCCUGGGGAGCCUUCCCACAUGCUCAACGGUAUGUUUCCUUCUGUCAUUUGCUUUGAAACCCCUGAUCCUUGCGCCAAUAAUUCAAUUACUUCAAAACCAAUAAAGACCAGUUGAUGGAA